AUGAACAGACAAGUCUGCAAGAAAUCAUCCAAGGGCUUCUCCGUCUGCUCUGCUGUGGUCCCCAGCAGCAGCAGCAGCAGGAUGAGCUGUGUGGCCUGCUCUGGAGGAGCUGGCGCAGGGGUCUGUGGGUCCCGGGGCAGAGCAGGCGGCUUUGGCAGUCGCAGCCUCUACAACCUGGGUGGCAAUAAGAGCAUCUCCAUCAGCGUGGCUGGCUCCUGGGCUGGUGGCUUUGGGGGAGGGCGCAGCAGCUGCAUCAGUGGCUGUGGAGGUGGUUGUGGAGGUGGUUAUGUAGGUGGUUAUGGAGGUGGCAUUUGUGGAGUCAGAGGAAUGGGCAGUGGUUAUGGGGGGGUUGGUGGCUUUGGAGGGACUAGUAGCUUUGGUGGGCCUGGUAGCUAUGGCUCUAGUGUCUGCCCUGGGGGAAUCCAGGAAGUGACCAUCAACCAGAGCCUCCUGCAGCCCCUCAAUGUGGAGAUCGACCCCCAGAUUGGGCAAGUAAAGGCCCAGGAGAGGGAGCAGAUCAAGACCCUCAACGACAAGUUCGCCUCUUUCAUUGACAAGGUGCGGUUCCUGGAACAGCAGAGCAAGGUCCUGGAAACCAAGUGGGACCUGCUCCAGCAGCGGACCGCGGGCUUGGGCUCCAGCUUGGGCUCCAGAGUCCUGGAGCCUUUAUUUGAAAGCUACAUCAACUGCCUGCGCAGGCAGCUGGAUUCGGCUCUGGCGGAGAAGGGGAAUCUGGAAGGAGAGCUAAGGAACAUGCAGGACUUGGUGGAAGACUUCAGAAAGAAGUAUGAAGAUGAGAUCAACAAGUGUACUGUUGCAGAGAAUGAGUUUGUGGGGCUCAAGAAGGACAUGGAUGCAGCCUUCAUGAACAAGGUGGAGCUUCAGGCCAAGGUGGAUGGUCUGACAGAUGAAAUCAACUUCCUGAGGACCCUCUAUGAGACGGAACUGACCCAGAUGCAGAAUCACCUUCAUGACAUGUCUGUGGUCCUGUCCAUGAACAACAAUCGCUGCCUGGACCUGGACAGCAUCAUCAAUGAGGUCAAGGCCCAGUACAAGGACAUCGCGCAGAAGAGCAAGGCCGAGGCCGAGGCCCUGUACAAGCCCAAGCUUGACGAGCUGGAGAACAAGGCCGGCAGGCAUGGGGAAGACCUGAAGAGCACCAAGAAUGAGAUCAUGGAGCUCAACUGGAUGAUCCCGAGGCUGAGGGCUGAGAUUGAGAAUGUCAAGAAGCAGAAUGCCAACCUGCAGAAUGCUAUUGCUGAUGCUGAGCAGCGUGGGGAGCUGGCCCUCAAGGAUGCCAAUGCCAAGCUCCAAGAACUGCAGGCCGCCCUUCAGCAGGCCAAGGAUGACCUGGCCCGGCUGGUGUGUGACUACCAGGAGUUGAUGAAUAUCAGACUGGCCCUGGAUGUGGAGAUCGCCACCUACUGCAAGCUGCUGGAGAGUGAGGAGUGCAGGAUGUCUGGAGAGUGUCAGAGCGCUGUGUGCAUUUCGGUGGUCAGCAACGUCACCAGCACAGGCACCAGCCCUGGUGGAGGCCGUGGGGGAUUUGGAGGGGUCACUGGUGGCAGUGGCUACAGAGGCGGCGGCGGCAGCAGGAGGGAACAGUGGCAGCUGUGGAGGAGUCAGCGGCGGCAGCGGCGGGUCUCCCAGGCCUGCAGCGACGGGAGCCGUGGCUCGGUGAACCCGAGCAGCGUCCAGAGCUCAGGAAGCGCUGGCUACAAGUCUGGCAGUGGGCGCGGCACAACCAUUUGCUUCACUCAGACCACCAGCUCAAACCAGCUUUGCAAAUGA